UUCCCGUAACUUUCCCGGACGCGCCAUGAGCUGCAUAAACCUUCCCACCGUGCUGCCCGGUUCCCCCAGCAAGACCCGCGGCCAGAUCCAGGUGAUCCUCGGGCCCAUGUUCUCCGGGAAAAGCACGGAGCUCAUGCGACGGGUCCGCCGCUUCCAGAUCGCACAGUACAAGUGCCUGGUGAUCAAGUAUGCCAAGGACACCCGCUAUGGCACUGGGCUCUCUACCCACGACCGGAACACCAUGGAAGCGCUGCCAGCCUGCCUGCUCCGAGAUGUGGCCCAGGAGGCGCUGGGCGUGGCCGUCAUAGGCAUUGACGAAGGGCAGUUUUUCCCCGACAUUGUGGAGUUCAGCGAGGCCAUGGCCAACGCUGGCAAGACUGUGAUAGUGGCUGCCCUGGAUGGAACCUUCCAGAGGAAGCCUUUCGGGAGCAUCUUGAACCUGGUGCCGCUGGCCGAGAGCGUGGUGAAGCUGACCGCGGUGUGCAUGGAGUGCUUCCGCGAGGCCGCCUACACCAAGAGGCUGGGCACGGAGAAAGAGGUGGAGGUGAUCGGCGGAGCAGACAAGUACCACUCGGUGUGCCGCCUCUGCUACUUCAAGAAGGGGCUGGACAACAAGGAGAACUGCCCGGUGCUGGGGAGGCCCGGGGAGGCGGCGGGGGUCCGGAAGCUCUUCGCCCCCCAGCAGGUCCUGCAGUGCAGCCCCGCCCACUGA